GAGACAGAACAAUAAAAAGUCAUUCAGGAUUGAAUGCCUUUGUAAAGAGAUGGGUUUUUAGAAGAUGUCCAGAGAGAUUUCGUACAUCUCACAAAUCUCCUUCCACAUCUGCUGCUCACAUUGUCCUGCCCUCGCCGUGUACGUGCAGUGUGGCGAAAUAAAAACGCUUCAGAUGGAGUCUGAGGUCCGCAGACGUUUUUCCUGCAGUAGACCCGGUUAUUAUUAGAUUGACAUUGAAAAUAACUGGCAACGACUUCGAUCGCUUAAGACAUUUGUUGCAAGUAAAAACAUUUCAUUGUUCCAGCUUCACAAGUGUGAAGAUUUGUCACAAUUAGUUUAAUUUAUUUGUAAUGACAUUGAGCUUUCAACUGUUAGACAAAACAAGCAUUGUGAAGGUGUCACUUUGGGUAUUUCUCACUAUUUUAAGAAUUAAAAAAAUCGAUUUAAUGGAGAAAAUAAUCAGCCAGAGUGAAAGUAGUUGCAGUCUGAUUCAAAAUGAGCUACAGCUCAACAAUGACUACUGUAAAAUCCUGAUUUUACAUUAAUAGAUGAGAAACAAUAAUAUAUAUUAUAUAUAAUUAUUUCUGCAAUCAGUACUUCUACUUUUAAUAUUUUUCCUGAUAAUACUUACAUACUUUUACUGUAGUAACAUAUUCUGUGCAGGACUUUUACUUGUAGUAUUUUUUACAGUUUAGGAUACAUUAUAAUUACUUUUAAUUAAGUAAAGGAUCUGAAUACUUUGUCCAUCACUGACACACAUGAGUUACUUGAAUUAUGUUUGAAAGGGCGACCUGUUUAUAAUGAAUGCCGUAGUUUAGUGAACAGGAAAGUUUUCCAGCGGUAUUUUUAAGUUCAUGUCCGCAGCUGCUGACAAACAGAACCAUACUAACAGUACGUUUGAUACAGAAGUAUUUUUAAAAGCAGGUACUUUGACUUUUGAGUAGAAAUUGAAAUGUUCUAGUUUUUGGAGUAAUAUUUAGUAAGGGUACUUUUAGUGCAGAGCAGGAUUUGUGUACUGCGUCCACCACUGAGUGAGACUUGGUUCAGAAAGAGCAUCAGUGCCUCCAUCUCUGCAUGAGUGUGUUUGUCCAGCAGAUGGCGGCAGGAGCGAGCCCUGAUGCGUGCGUGCGUGCGCGCGCGCGCGUGGAGGUCCUGUGUCUUUAAGGCCGGAUCUCACAGCUCACACACACGGCUGACUGGUGCCACGCUGCGGCGCCUGCUCAGUGCGCAUCGCCGCUGCUGCUCGGAUCCUGGACCAGGAGCUCCGCUGUCCGUCCGACUGUACGUCUGCUGCACGCCGUGUGUGCGCUGUCUGAUGGUAACCUAUGGAUUGACGGAGGCAGGCUUUUGUUGUCAGCCCGGUGGUUUGUUCUGCUGGAGCUGCACUUUCACCGGAGAAUGCCCAGAGGAGCCGGAGCCGUGUCCCUGCACGGAUAGCGCAGAAAUACACCCGAGAAUCACGAUAUUGACAUGAAGAAAGACAUUGAGACUCUAAUAGCAGAGGAACGCGCUGAUAUCAUCUUGAAAUAUGCUACGGGCAGGCAGGCCGGGGUGGAGAUCGACCCCUGGGAAGAUGCUGACUACAGCAUCUACAAAGUCAUCGACCGUUUCGGCUUCAUGCAUGAGGUCGAGUUGCCAGCCCCGACUGCACAUGAAGAAAAGCUGAAGCAGCUGGAGAUCGAGAGAGCGGAGAAGUGGCUGAAGAUGGUGAAGAAGUGGGAUAAAUACAAGAAUAGCGACAGGAUGGUAAAACGGGUGUACAAGGGCAUUCCCCUGCAGCUCAGAGGCCGGGCCUGGGCGCUGAUGCUGGACGUGGAGCGGGCGAAGACGGAGAACGAGGGCAAAUAUGAGAAAAUGAAGGAGCAGGCCAGACUGUACUCACCUGAGAUCAAACAGAUCGACCUGGACAUCAACAGGACCUUUCGAAACCACAUCAUGUUCAUGGACCGCUUUGGAGUCAAGCAGCAGGCUCUUUUCCAUGUUCUCUCUGCAUAUUCAGUCUACAACACAGAGGUGAGUUACUGCCAGGGGAUGAGCCAGAUCGCCGCCCUGCUGCUGAUGUACUUGAACGAGGAAGACGCCUUCUGGGCCCUGUCACAGCUGCUGACCAAUCAGAAGCACGGCAUGCACGGAUUUUUUGUUCCCGGGUUCCCCAAACUUCAGAGAUUCCAGGCACAUCAUGAUCAGAUUAUUUCCAAACUCAUCCCCAAGCUGAAGAAACAUCUGGACAGAGAGCAGAUGUCUGCGGGGAUUUACUGCACUAAAUGGUUCCUGCAGUGCUUCAUUGACAGGACGCCGUUCACGCUUACCCUUCGUCUGUGGGACAUUUUCAUCCUGGAGGGAGAGAGGCUUCUCACCGCCAUGUCUUACACCAUCCUGAAGAUACACAAGAAGCGUCUGUUGAAGAUGUCUCUGGAGGAGCUCAGAGAGUUCCUGCAGGAGCGGAUCGCUCAGACUUUCUUCUACAGCGACGACGUGAUCGUCGAGCAGCUUCAGGCGUCCAUGACUGAACUGAGGAAGAUGAAGCUGGACCUUCCUCCUCCAGGGAAGCCUGAGGAAUUACCCCGCCAGCCUCUGGGUCAGGAGCUGCCGGUGCUGUUGAGUCCAGUCCAGGCCUCCAGAGGGAAGCCGUCCUCCACCAGCGGGUUCCCCAAAGCAGGCCUGAGCCUCCGCAUCAUCUCCCACCAGCCUGACUCUAUAUCCCCGGACCAGAGCCCCUCCAAGGACCCCAGGGAUCUUGAUGCUGUGGAAGAGGAGGCCCCGCUGCCUUCUCCAGACCCAAUCAUCAUCCACAGCCAGGCCCCGCUCACCCCCGACAGCUCUCCGCUGAUGGGACCGCCGCCUUACCAGCCCCCUGGGAGUCGAGCAGUAGUCAUAGUGGAUCAUCCACCUCCAGAUCAGGCGAGGGAUGAAAUGCAACCACAGGUGGCAGAUGAACUCUCGCCGGCCCCCACAGAUGACUCCUCUGUCACCACCGACAUCUCCUCCUGCAAGGCCCCGCGGACUCUUUUGGCUCAUGUAGCCCAGGUGGCCUCGCCGGCUUCUGGCCUGGCUCAGUCUGAGAGUCGGUCAGCAGAAGAGAGGGCUGAGGACAUUUACCUCCACCAGCUGCUGGAGCAAGCCUCAGCUCUGUCCACCAAAAGGAACCUGCGCCAGGUCUCCAGUGAAGGAUCGGAGGAAACACAGGCUCCGGACAUUUCAUGAGACGACCACCAAUUUAUUGGAUAAUGUGUCCGUGGCAUGACUUGACUCUGCCUUCUUCACCUAUUGGGUACAUUAAAGGUUCUGUAAAGGUCAAAUGUAGGCGGUUAAAACUGUUUGGUGGACGAGGUUACCGUUAAAGUUUAGGUGAAGAACAACAGAAGUAGGAUUUAUCAGUCAGAUUAUCAAUGUCAAGCAAAAGACCAGUAUUAAUUUCUAGUAUUAAUCUAAUUUGUUACCAAGUCACUAACUCACUUUCUAAAAAGUUCUGACUUGAGAAUCAAAUUUCCUCCUUUGGUCAUCACAUAUGAAGUUGUAGAGGUCAGAGGCAGGAGGACUCGGUGUUUGGUCCUGAACAGCAGGGUCUGUUUUCAGAGUCACUCUUGGGAAGGACUAAAACCAGUGCUACCUCUGAGGUACACUUACUUAGGGAAUAGUUUGUAUGUGUAGGCUUUAUUUGUAAAGACUAAUGGUGUGUCUGCAAAAAUGUGAAGCAAAAAUUGCAAAUAUACAUACACUAAAAUCUUAUAAUGAUACUUAAUAAUACCUGAGUACACAAUGGCAAGCCACUCGCAAGAGCCCAACCACUUUGGUUUAUAAUACCCAUAACAGUGCUCCAUAUUGCCCAUAUUGUGCAGAAUUUUGCACGCUAUAAUACCCGUGUUCAUGCACAGCAGGUGUGCUUUGCAUCCCACACAAGUCACAAAAGUGACUCCUGUGUUUUAAUGUGCUCAUCGUCACUGUGCAUUCACAGAUGAUAGCUCCUCACACAGGAUGCCUGAAUGCCGUGUUAGCAUGCCCGCUAACAGGUGAAAGGCCUCUGGAGCUGUCCUAAAAAGCAGCAGAGAUAGAGACGGAUUUCCUACAGUGUGACGCCUGAUAAAUGUGGACCCAGUUUGUCUAAUGUGGCUCUGGAGCUGUGUCGUGCUGAUGUUGUGACAGUUAUCUGAACUUAGGCCGUCUGAGGUGUGAAAGAUGCAGAAUAAAUGAACCUGCAUCAUGACCUUCCCCUCCUCCUGUGUGUUUCUAAAGAUUUCACAGUUUAAUCUGUAAACACACUUCUCCCGCUCUUCAUGCACAGGGCAUGUUAUUUGCAUGUCAAGAAAUUGUGCUAAUUUCCCAGAAUUUGAGGGGCCUGGCUCUCACAGGAGACUGACUGACUGACUGUUAAUACACCUUACCAGACUCUGGAGCAUUCGGGACCACAUCCACACCGUUUCCUGUCAUUUUGAUGGAGUUUUAUUGCAGAGAGAAGGAAUCAGAAAGCGUGCAGAAGUCUCCGAGGCGCCACCCUUUACGAGAAAAUAAAAUGUUUUUGUAGUUUUGUAACGCUUCACCAGAGAACAAAAUCGUGCUCCGUCAGCCUUUGUAAAAUGUUUGCUAGCAGAGUUACAGUUUUAUUUUUUGUACGAAUGUCUUGAUGCCUUAUUUGGAUCAGCUUCAGUUCUUCUGUGGACGUUGUUGAUGUUGAACUCUGCACAACAACAACAAAGGAAGUGAGCUUACUUGACACGAGGACAAACUUUCAGGUGUUGACAUGGUGAGCUGGCUCACUGUUAUGAUUGUACACAUUGACACAUAUUGAGCUCAUUUUAAAUAACUGGUUUUCUAGCUCAGUAAUUUAUUGUUUUAUCCUCUGAAGAAAAGGCAUCCAGGUCAAUUUACCGCUCUUGUGCUCAUCCUUUUCAUGAACUGGAAUAUGUGCUGCGUUUUCCACUGAGCUCUUUGAACGGUGAAAACCAGCUUUGUUAUUUAACCUUACAGAAGAUCUGGAUUUAGGUGUGUCAGAUUUUGUUUGCAUUGUGCUUAGAAAUGUACAGUAUUGUAGAACCAGUAGGUAAGAAGAAAACCCCAUUUCUUCAGCUCUGUGCUUAGAAAUAGUAAAAGGCUGACACCUUGUGGUUGCUUUAGAUUAAGCAUGUCUGUAUCUAGAUCUAGCCCAGAGGAGUAGAAAGACUUUUGAACAUUUAGAAUUCAUCCAAAUGACGACAAAUCAGAUUAGAGAUAUUUAAAGUCUUGCAAUUGAAUGGCAUUAUUUUGAAUUAUGUUAAUAAGUUCAGGAUUUUUCUGACAUUUGACUGUAUUCCAAUGCUAAAACUCCAGCUAAUCUAAACAUGGUUUGAAUAAUUGUGUAUCAAAGUCCGCCACAGUUGAACUGGUAGUUUUCUUCAGUGUCUGUAAAGGAGAUGAAGUUAAAGUAUGACGUUGUUAGAGUGUCGAGGUAAAACAAAAGUGUUUUAAUUCUUGGCUACAGAUUUGAUGUACAUUGUAAUAUACAGCACUUUUUGUUAGCAGUUUGAAGAUGUUGAUGAAACCAUGGAGCUAAAACAAUAUAACUUUUAUCUUCCUUGA